AAGUUCACGAAAGAGAGAGGUUUACCACAACUUUUGGUACCAAAACCCCCGACAUAUGUAACACCGGUUUCUUACGGGAAACUCAAAGUUAAGGAUUACUUGAGUUUAGAGGACGUGUUGACACAAAUGAAGCCAAUCGUCACCGAAAAGCCACAACACAUGGAGUUAUUAAACAUCACAAAAAAUACGGGACAACACUAUGGGUUCAUUCUCUAUAGACUCAAUAAACUCAACAAAUUUAAACAUUUGAAACUCACCGGUGGUGCCGAUGAUCGGGCAGUCAUUCUGGUGGACCACAAAGAGGUCGCUGUCUUCGAGAGUAAUAAAGAUUAUAAUCACGACUUAAAUGACACACAAUUUGCAAACACAACGACUCAUACGUUGGAUAUAAUCGUCGAAAACAUGGGUCGAACCAAUGGUGGAGGUAUGGAGACCGCCCGAAGAGGUCUUAACGGAGAUAUCAGUAUUGAUGCAAAAGUUGCCACAAAUAUCGAGACAUUUUCGCUUGAUUUCAAAGAACCAUUUGUUAAACAAUUAACUCAAUUGAAGGGAAAGCCGUUCGUUGAGGGCCUCAAAAGUCCAGCCGUUUAUCGGUUUGAAUUGGGUAUUAAGGACAGUCCGAGGGAUACAUUCAUACGACUGGACGGUUGGUCGAAGGGAAAUGUAUUUAUCAACGAUUUCAAUAUAGGCCGCUAUUAUAACAUAGGACCCCAACUGACACUGUAUAUCCCUGCACCGUUACUAAAAACGGGCAAAAAUGAGAUAUUAGUGUUUGAAUUGCAUUCAUCGACCGGCCAGGUUGAAUUUGUUGAUACCCCACAUUUGGGAUAAAUGCUUAAAAUAUUAAAAUAUAAACUUAAUAUCAAA